CCUCCCCCCCCUCCCCCUCCUCCGCCUGCAUCGGCAAAUCGACGGUGGCGGGAGACGACGGUGCCGCCGACGCCAUCUGCCCCUCCUCCUCCUCCUCCGCCGCAGCAGCAACGAGUCCCGGAGAACGCAAAGCAGUGGCUGCCUGUCUGCCCGUGGAUCUACAAAUCGCUCAUCUAGUGAUUGAAAAUGUGCUAGAUCUGACUUGGGCUAUGCCCGCCACUUGCGUCACAUCAGGCUGGUGUUAAGUGUGGUGUUUGUAAAUGGGCGAUCAUCGAAGUGGAAAUGGUCAAAACGUUAAUGGAAAGGCUGCAGCAGCUGGACCUGCGUAUAAGAUUCAGUUGGACAAUUUUGCCAAGCGUUUGAAGACUCUUUAUACUCACUGGAAUGACCAUAGGAAUGACUUGUGGGGUUCUUCUGACGUUCUUGCAAUAGCUGCGCCUCCUAAUUCAGAGGACCUUCGGUAUCUCAAAUCUUCAGCUUUAAACAUGUGGUUGAUGGGUUAUGAGUUCCCAGAGACUAUAAUGGUUUUCAUGAAGAAGCAGAUCCACUUUUUAUGCAGCCAAAAGAAGGCGGAUGUACUUAGACCUGUCGAAAAAACUGCCAAGGAAGCUGUGGGAGCCGAAGUUGUGAUUCAUGUGAAGGCGAGAAGUGAUGAUGGGACUGCGCUAAUGGAGGCAAUUUUCAGUGCCAUCCACUCUCUUUCCAAGGCAGAUGGUCAACAAGUACCUGUUGUCGGGUAUAUAGCAAGAGAGGUUCCUGAAGGUAAGCUUUUGGAGGCAUGGGCUGAAAAGCUUAAGACUGCUGACUUUCAGCUUAGUGAUGUGACCAAUGGGUUGUCUGACUUGUUUGCUGUCAAGGACGACGCUGAGCUUUUAAAUGUGAAAAAGGCAGCACAUCUGACGGCUAACGUGUUGAAGAAUUAUGUGGUUCCGAAACUAGAGAAUGUUAUUGAUGAGGAGAAGAAAGUGACUCAUUCAUCCUUGAUGGAUGAAACUGAGAAAGCCAUAUUGGAUCCAUCUAGAGCUAAGGUAAAGCUGAAGGUAGAUAGCAUUGAUAUUUGCUAUCCUCCUAUUUUCCAGAGUGGAGGAGAGUUUGAUCUUAGGCCCAGUGCAGCCAGCAACGACGAAUUGCUGUAUUAUGACUCUGCAAGCGUGAUUAUAUGCGCAGUUGGGUCUCGUUAUAACAGUUACUGCUCUAAUUGCGCAAGGACAUUCUUGAUUGAUGCCAAUCCCCUGCAGAGUAAAGCAUAUGAAAUGCUUCUAAAGGCCCAUGAAGCAGCAAUUAGCAUGUUGAAGUCCGGGAACAAGCUCAAUGCAGCCUAUCAGGCAGCAUUUUCAGUAGUUGAGAAGGAUGCUCCUGAACUACUACCAAACUUGACGAAGUCAGCUGGGACAGGAAUGGGUCUUGAAUUUCGGGAGUCUGGGUUGAACAUUAAUGCCAAAAAUGAGAGAAUUGUCAAAGAAAACAUGGUGUUUAAUGUAUCACUUGGUUUCCAGAAUUUGCAGAACCAGACAAGCAACCCAAAGAAUCAAAAUUUCUCUAUGCUGCUUGCUGAUACAGUCAUUGUUGGAAAAGAAAAAUCAGAUGUUGCCACUCAUAUGAGUUCUAAAGCUGUGAAGGACGUGGCUUACUCGUUCAAUGAGGAUGAGGAAGAAGAGGAAAGGCCAAAAGCCAAACCUGAGGCUAAUGGUGUGGACGCAUUCACAUCCAAGACAACGCUCAGGUCAGACAACCAGGAAUCAAAGGAGGAGCUAAGAAGGCAGCACCAGGCAGAAUUGGCUCGUCAAAAAAAUGAGGAAACUGCCCGGCGGCUUGCUGGUGGACGCUCUGGGGCUGGAGACAACAGAAAUGCUGCCAAGACUUCAACGGACCUUGUUGCUUAUAAGAGUGUGAAUGAUUUACCACCUCCUAGAGAUUCCAUGAUUCAGGUUGACCAGAAGAAUGAAGCUGUUCUUUUGCCUAUAUAUGGGAGUAUGGUCCCGUUCCACGUCGCAACCAUAAGGACAGUCUCAAGCCAGCAGGACACCAAUCGCAACUGCUACAUUCGGAUUAUUUUUAAUGUCCCUGGGACUCCGUUCAAUCCUCAUGACAGCAACACAUCAAAGUUCCAGGGUGCUAUUUAUUUGAAGGAGGUAGCUUUCCGUUCCAAGGACUCCAGGCACAUAAGCGAAGUCGUGCAGCAAAUAAAAACUCUUAGACGACAAGUUAUGGCUAGAGAGUCUGAGAGAGCUGAAAGGGCAACUUUAGUUACUCAAGAGAAACUCCAACUUGCAGGGAACAGAAUGAAGCCUAUAAAGUUGUCUGACCUUUGGAUCCGUCCAGCUUUUGGCGGUCGUGGAAGAAAGAUACCCGGUACACUUGAGGCUCAUGUUAAUGGUUUUCGGUAUUCUACCACCAGGCAGGAUGAGCGUGUAGACAUCAUGUUUGGGAAUAUUAAACAUGCGUUUUUCCAGCCGGCAGAGAAGGAGAUGAUAACCCUUUUGCAUUUUCACCUGCACAAUCAUAUAAUGGUUGGUAAUCGGAAAACCAAGGAUGUGCAGUUCUAUGUUGAGGUGAUGGAUGUGGUUCAAACCUUAGGCGGUGGGAAGAGAUCUGCCUAUGACCCUGAUGAGAUUGAAGAGGAGCAACGGGAGAGAGAUAGGAAGAACAAGAUUAACAUGGAUUUCCAGAACUUUGUGAACCGGGUAAAUGAUCACUGGGGCCAGCCCCAGUUUGGUGGGCUGGACCUCGAAUUCGAUCAGCCUCUUAGAGAGCUUGGCUUUCAUGGGGUUCCCUACAAGGCUUCAGCUUUCAUUGUUCCAACUUCAACCUGCCUGGUGGAACUAAUAGAGACUCCUUUCCUUGUGGUGACACUGAGCGAGAUUGAGAUUGUGAACUUGGAGAGAGUUGGUCUUGGACAGAAGAACUUUGACAUGACUAUAGUUUUCAAGGACUUCAAGCGGGAUGUACUUAGAAUUGAUUCCAUCCCUUCUACAUCUCUCGAUGGAAUCAAGGAAUGGCUUGACACAACAGACAUCAAGUACUAUGAAAGCAGAUUGAAUCUGAACUGGCGACAGAUAUUGAAGACCAUAACUGAUGAUCCACAGAGCUUCAUAGAUGAUGGGGGCUGGGAGUUUUUGAAUUUGGAAGUCAGUGACUCAGAUAGUGAAAAGUCGGAGGAAUCAGACCAAGGUUAUGAACCAUCUGAUGUGCAGUCCGAAUCCGAUUCGGAAGAAGAAGCCUCUGAUAGUGAGUCGUUGGUGGAGUCUGAGGAGGAUGACGACCAAGAUUCAGAAGAAGAUUCAGAGGAAGAGAAGGGGAAGACAUGGGAGGAGUUGGAGAGAGAAGCAAGCAAUGCAGAUAGAGAGAAAGGUGAUGAAUCUGACAGUGAGGAGGAGAGAAAGAGGAGGAAGAUGAAGGCCUUUGGGAAGCGUAGAGCUGGUCCCAGCAGUGGCAUGCCUAAGCGAGCAAAGAUGCGGUAGACGUUAUUGGAGCUUUUGCUUAGAAUCUUGGUUUUAGCUUUUGCUCAGUCAAGCUCUUUUUGGUUCUCAGCUCGUCCUGUCUUCUGUAAAAUGCAGUUUGACUAACAUAUUAUGAAUGGCUUAGGUUUGAUCAUCGAGAUGCAUUGUUAGUUUUUAUUUGGGCUUCUGCAUGCAGUUAAGCGUCUGUUAUGAGCGCAUGUGAAUGAUACUGCUUAGAAAAGUAAACUAUCUUCAAUGUCAAUGAUUAAGGAGAAAUCUCUCUA